AUGGCAAAUUCUUGGAGAAGAAACCAACAAAUCAAGAUCUUCACACCCAAAAAUCUCCUUCUUUUCUUCUUCACUUCUCUUCUUCUUCUCAUUUUCCUUUAUCUCACUUCACAAACCCAAAUUCCAAAACCCAUUAAAUCCCUUAAAAAUCCCAUUUUUACCCCUCCAAUACAACCCUUUAAUUGUCAUAAUUCACCACAAGCUUACCCUAUAAUAGCUAGUAUAGUUGAAGGUGUUAAAUACCCUUUUCUUUUUUCACUUUCAGAUUUUGGUAAUUUACCUGAAAAACCCCAUAAGAAUAUUCAAAGAAUACUUAAAGGUAAACCCUUUAGAAAACCUGAUAUAUCAGGGACUAUUCAAGAAUUAUUGGAAAAAAUGAAGGGUCAAAAUGGUAAAAAUGGGAUUUUUAUUGAUGUUGGAGCUAAUGUAGGAAUGGCUAGUUUUGCUGCUGCUAUUAUGGGGUUUAAAGUUUUGGCAUUUGAACCUGUUUUUGAGAAUUUACAAAAGAUUUGUGAAGGUAUUUAUUUUAAUAGAGUUGGUGAUUUAGUUGAGGUUUAUGAAGCAGCUGUUUCAGAUCAUAAUGGGAAUAUUACCUUUCACAAGUUGGUUGGUCGGCUCGACAAUAGCGCUGUCUCAGCCACUGGUGCCAAGUUGGCUUUUAAGUCAAAUGAACAGAUUGAAGUUCAAGUUAAAACUAUUCCUCUUGAUGAAGUUAUCCAAGAAACGGAGCGUGUUCUGCUCAUAAAGAUAGAUGUUCAAGGCUGGGAGUAUCAUGUACUUAAAGGAGCAUCAAAGUUAUUGUCGAGGAAGAAAGGUGAAGCACCUUACCUAAUCUACGAGGAAGACGAGCGAUUGUUGCAAGCCAGCAAUAGCAGUGCCAAGGAAAUCCAAGAGUUUCUUCAGAGUGUGGGAUACAACCAUUGCACUCAACAGGGUACAGAUGCACACUGCACAAAAACAGAUUGACAUGGUUAUUCAUUUUCAAAAACACUUCAGAAUCAAUACAUGAAAUUCUGAAAAUUUUUGCUACACGAUCAACUAUCAAAAUUUUUUGUGUGAUAAGCUUAGAGUGGUUGGAGACCGAGGACCUGAGGGGCCAGUUGUUCAAUGUCGAGCUCUACUUUUUCAGGAAUUGGGCAGGGUGACUGAUAGCAUGCUGAGGGGACUGCAAAAAUACUAAUUUUGCUGAUAGGUUUGUGGUUGGGUAAAGUGAAUGAUGACUUUGGUUAGUGGCAGGAUGUUUUCUCACACUUUUUGCUUUUUGGUUUCUAGAUAUGUAAUGUGUGCACAGGCCAUUUAUAGUGGUUUUCUUGUAGAGGUUGUUGCAUUGGUCUGUGUUUUUUCCCUUCUUUUUCUCUUUGUUUCCAUUGGUGAACUUGUUGAUCAUUAAGUACGUCUAAUAUAAUUCUUUUUAAUGACUUCAA